GGGACUGCUUAGCUUGGCUGUCAAGCUGGCCCGGCGCUUCGCCGUGUGCCGAGCUCGGGGCUCUGCAGGCCAGAUCUAGCGCAGCCUGCUCAGCCCGGGCGCCGCACUGCUUGCGGCUGGGGGGCGGGCCCGGCUGCCCCGAGACCCCGGAGGCCGAGCAUCUCCAGGUGGCUGCCCCCAACCGGGACUCCCGAGGGCGAUGGGGCCCUCCGCCGCGUGACCUGACCAGCCGUGGUCACGCUGAGCUUAAUCACUACUAGCUCGUGCUCUAGCUUCUCUGAGCUGUGCGACCCAGAGGCUUUCUCUUAAGGUGGCUUGUUCUGAAAUGCCAAAGGUACCUGACUAUUCAGAACUGAGUGACUCUUGCACGCUUGCUGGGGGAACAGGAAGACUUUCGGGACCACUGCACAGAGCAUGGAGAAUGAUGAACUUCCGUCAGCGGAUGGGAUGGAUUGGAGUGGGACUGUAUUUGCUGGCAAGUGCAGCAGCAUUUUACUAUGUUUUUGAAAUCAAUGAGACUUACAACAGGUUGGCUUUGGAACACAUUCAGCAGCACCCUGAGGAGCCUCGGGAAGGAACCACAUGGACACACUCCUUGAAAGCUCGGUUACUCUCCCUGCCCUUUUGGUUGUGGACAGUUAUUUUUCUGGUACCAUACUUACAGAUGUUUUUGUUUCUUUAUUCUUGUACAAGAGCUGAUCCCAAAACAGUGGGCUACUGUAUUAUACCCAUAUGCUUGGCAGUUCUCUGCAAUCGCCACCAGGCAUUCAUCAAGGCUUCUAAUCAGAUCAGCAGGCUACAACUGAUUGACACCUAAAGCAGACACUGACUUCUCCUCCUGAUCACAAGACUGCAAUCUCAGGAAGUUGUGGUGGAACAGAGACUUAAAAAAAUGUGACAAGAGGACUACUUUAUCUGAAUAAUAAUGACUUUUUAAGCCCGAGAAACUACUAAAGAAUCAUGUUGCUGACUUCAGAUUUUGGAAGUGAAAUAAUGGCUUGUUAUUUGCAGUCUUUAGAAACUUGAAAAAAUACCUGAAUUUUUAUUUCUAGUCUAUGUGCAACAUAGUAUGAUUCAGAAAUUUUUCCAUUGGGGAAAACAAUGAAUAUUUCCAUUGUGUUAAGUGUAAAAGGGUCUUGCCAUGAUCAUAAAAUUUAAAUUUUAUACAUUCA